UCUAGCGUGCUUCGCUAAAGAUGGCUUCUGAGGUUUCCUUGCCCACCAGAAAGAUGGCGGACUGCUCUGUCUCAAUGGAAUACCAUAGAUGACAGCGACGGGCGAGGAAGGGACGAGCUCCAAACGCCAGCCAACCCUUAUUCCUGGGUAACCCCUCGGUCACGGGCCUGCGCCUCUACGGUGGCUGUCAAAGUCGCUUUCAGCUGAGUGUGAGAAUUCGGCUUGUCUCCCCGUUCGCCCUCCCGCUGAGCAGGAUGGAAAAAAAGAAAAUUUUAAUGAAAUCCAGUGUUGCUGCCUCCAACCUUCUGAGAACAUUACAUUCUCUCUAUCAAUUUGGACAUUUUUGUGAUGUUACAAUAUACACAGACCAGCUAGAAAUCCAACAAGAAUUUUCCGUUCACAAAGCUGUUUUAGCAGCUUCUAGCAAUUACUUUAAAAGCCUUUUUCUCAAUAGUGAAAUGGAGAACGUCAAAAACUGCACAGUGAUCCUCCGGGAUAUUCAGACUGAAGAAUUUGUCUCAUUCCUCAAAUUUGUUUACACCGCAGAGUUAGAAAUUGAAGUGGACAGACUGCACCAGAUCAAGGAAGUCGCUGAAAGAUUUGAAUGCAAAGAUCUGCUUGAAAUUUUUGAAAAAAUGAAGGCUGUAGAUGGAAACUUGGAACCACAUGUUCAUUUGAAAAAAAAUGAAAGUGUUAGAUUGCCUGGGAAGCGAACAGAACAUGGAGGAGAAAAAGUACAUGUUUUGGCUGCUGCACUGAGGAAGAAUCAUUUGGGGAAGAAAAUGAACCAUUCAAAACCAACCACCAAUUUUGAUGAUAUUAAAAAUAAACGUGUAAACCCUAAUGAAGAUAGGAUUGUGAGCUGCAGUUCCAAAGAUGAGUCAACAACGACAUCUGAGCGUACCAAUAAGACUGACUGUCCUUCAUUAAAUGAAGAGGACUUGAAGGAAGCCCACAUCGCUUUAAGCAGGACAUUGCCUGACCAAAAGGAUGAAAAUAGCUUGACACUCUGUAAGGCGAAACUCAGAAAAUCAACCCGCAAUAUAUCAAAAGUCUUGCCAAGAGCAUAUGCCAGUGACAAGCCUAAUCAUUUAUUCCAUUUUGCUGAGCAGUACCAAUCACAUAUUGAUCUGGAGCAUAGCACAAGCCUGGGAACUGAGUAUAGCUGCAAUAUUUGUAGCCAACUCUUUCCCAAUUGCCACAGUCUAAGGCAACACAGGGUCACUGUCCACAGCCGAGAGCGGAUCUUCCCUUGUUUGCUGUGUGACAAAAAGUUUCAGCACCAGAAGGAUAUCAGUGCUCAUAUCCGCAGGGUGCAUGAAAAGAAGCAGCAUCCGCAGCAGUGCCCCUACUGUGACAAAGUCAUCAGUUCCAGGUAUGGCCUGACAAUUCACAUACGAACCCACACAGGAGAGAAGCCUUAUAAAUGUCAGUGCUGUCCAGCCAGUUUUGCUCAGAGGUCAGCCUUUAAUAGUCACAUAAGAAAGAUACAUGAAUCCAAAAAAGAUGAAAAAUGCAUGCCUGCUUACUGGACAAUAGUUCCACCAGCAGAAAAAGUAGAUGUGAUAGAUAGUAGAAUCAAUAGGAAUAACAAAACACAACCCAAGGUGCCAAAUCAUGAUCUGCAAAGGGAAAUACUUGGCAAAGCUACUCAGGAAGAACCUGGCAGAUCCCUUCCAGAGGAAGCACAACCAGACAAAAAAAACAAGAAGCUGGAAGUAGGUACUGAAACUAAUACUAAAAAAGGGGACACUUGUAGGCAAGGGACUGUGGAUGUGAAAGAAAAUGGAGAAAGAGUUUGUGAAGCAGGCGUAUACAGUAAUAAAGACAAGGAGGCUUUCUCUCCAGAUGAUCAUCACAAUGAGGACUCAUAUGAUCAUGGUACAGAAGACUGCAAACAGGAUGUAAAUUGCCAAGUUAACAAAAACGAGGCCAUCCCAACACCUGCUUACAUCAUAACUUGUACCAAAUGCACCGAGAAGUUUCCAUCACGGAGGAAAUACGUCAUCCACUGCAAAGAAAUCCAUCACUCCUUGCCUGGGAAAGUAUAUCAGUGCGAUGUUUGCAGCAAAUCCUUUGCAAGUCACAACAGCUGGAAAGAGCACCGAGCCUGCGUUCACACAGAAGACCGGAAGUUUGCCUGCACCCUGUGCAAGGCCACUUUUAAGAGAAAGAGGGAUGUGAGGACUCACUCGGUGCGGAAGCAUGAGGGUCAAGCGAAGCGUCCCCUCUGCUCCGUCUGUGGGAAAAUUCUGAGCUCCAGAACGGCCCUUGUCUUCCACAUGAGGACCCACACAGGAGAGAAGCCAUAUCAGUGUGGCAUUUGCGGCUCAAGAUUUGCUCAGCCAUCACAGCUCAAGAUUCAUACCAGGUCACACACAGGUGAAAAGCCAUACAUCUGUGAGGACUGUGGGGCCUCUUUUGCUGAUAAAAGCAAACUUAAUGGUCAUAAAAGGACACAUACAGGAGAACGCCUCUUCAAAUGUGAUGUAUGUGGGAAACAUUUUGCUACCAAUGAAUAUUUAAAAUGUCACAAGCGUUGUCACAUGGGAGCUAAGCCAUACAAGUGUGAUGUGUGUGGGAAAACCUUUGGAUUGAGAACUUCAUUAGCCCAACAUAGUAAUGUUCAUGCAGAGACUCCUCCUUAUUUCUGUGAGCAGUGUGGAAAGACGUUUACUCAGCAAGGAGCCCUAAGACGUCACCAGCGUAUUCACUCUGGAGAAAAGCCGUACAAAUGCAGGGCUUGCGAGAGAACCUUCACAGAUAUGUCUACCCUGAGGAGGCAUGUAUUGGUCCAUGAUCGGAAUGCUCAUUGGAAAAGUUUCUUAAUAGAUCUUACUAUCAAAAAGGAUCAUAACUGGUCCAAAAUAGAGACUUUGUCUACUAUUUAUAUGCAAGAGAAUUCUACUACAGUUUGGUCUGAUUGCCAAGAAAAAUGCCACACAUCAGAAAACACAAAUGUAAAAAAAGUAGAACAGCUACCAAGCAGUACUAACGUGAAAGAAUCGGAACCUACCCGUAUGCAUUUAUAACUAUCAACAAUUAAAGUUCAGUGUGGAUAUAAACUCAUAUUGUUUCAAUUUUUUUCCCUUGUAUAGGAAGAUCCUCCAAAUGCUUGCAGAAUCUACAAACAGACAUGGCAUCAGCUUGGAUUCUGAUAUGGGAUGGUUUCUAAAUGUGCUCUUUCUCUUAACUUAAAUGCCGAUGUUUUAAACAGCUUUUGAGGACUAGGCAGACAUAAUAAGCAAGUUCUAUCAGGUUGCCUAUGAUCAAACCACUAUGGGCCAUACUGAUGGCCAUGUACAGGUCAGAGAGCAUUCAUCCUUGUUUUAAAAGGAAAGAUAUGGCCAAAGUUGAAAAGGGUAAUAAACAUAAAUGUGUAAAAAUACAGAACCCCCACCUCCACCAAGAGGGAUGUGUGGAAUUCAUGUAAAAUAUUGUACAUGGGAACAUGGUGUUAUAUGUCUUCUUCCAAAGCUUAGGGAAUGUUGAUUUGGUAUACAUUCUGGUAUUGUUUCAAGAUAUCCCUUCCUGCAACUGUUGAACACAAGGACCAGCCUCUAAAGCUAAUGAACUUUGUGUUGUUUAGAGUGCGAAGAUCUCGGAGUUCAAUUCCUAGUACAAGCUGGUCACCCAUGUCUGAAGAAUUUCAAUAAGCAUAAAACAAGACAAAUGUCGUCUCCUGCUGGCGAAUGUAACUUUUAGAGGAGCAAAUUUCAAACCCUUUGGUCUCAAGACCUCUCUAUGCCCUUACAAAUCAUCUGAGAAUACAAAGAAUAGGAUAUAAAGCAAAGAAAAGUCAUUGUUGAAGUGAGGAUUUUGAUGUGAAAUAGACAUUAAAAAAAAGGCAGGAUCUUGAUAUUCAUAGAAUGCCACGGAAUAUUGGUGUUCAAUCUCCAUUCCAGGAACUGCAGGAAAACUGUUAGAUUGGCACUGGAAAAUAUUGUAUAGACCAUCAGCAGUAUGCUUGUUAACAUACCAGAUAGGAGGCUGCUUGGGGUAGUAUGUGAUUCAUCUGCCUGAGCGAUAAUCAACUAGUUUUGGAGAGAGAAUCUUUAUUAGAAAUUCUUGUCCAGAUACCCGCUUUUUCUUCUGGUAUAUCUGAGCAGAGGGCAGGCUGUUUCUCAUAAUCUGGAGAAAAAGGCAAGGACUCUCCUGCCCUUCCUAGCCCUGACUCGCUUUGGACAAAAGUUCUACAAAGUGAGAUGGGCAUCAAACAAAUCUAAUAAAUAAAAACAUUCCAUUAGUUCCAGCUUCUUUUGUUGCAUCCAUACUUUAAAUAAUCUUUAUUAGAAAUUCUUGUCCAGAUACCACUACCUGAUAUGGUGUUGUACACACUCUCAAGAAUAUAUUAUUUGGAUGCUAUAGAAAUGCAAUAAAUAAUAAGCAAAACUCUCUUUAAAAGAAGCAUUUUGAAAAAGGGGGAGGAGUCUUGUACUGUGCUUAGAUGUAAAUGCAUAUUAAAUAAAAAUGUAAAUGCUAAAGUUUUACUACUCAUUUGAAGACAUGUUUGCUUCAGAAUAAACAAUAAAGGCAAA